CAGGCGGGCAAGUCUUUCUAGGUGGAGCCAUCGAUUCUGUUUUCCAUUCCGCGUUUUCCAACUCAGCAUACUAAAUUAGAUCCAGCUAGCGUUAACUUCCAGCUCCAGGUUUUGCAGGCGACCUACAGCUGCUUAGUGCAUCUGGUCGGCCGCGCCUUCUCCUCUUCCUCUUCCUCUUCCUCUUCCUCCUCCUAGUGUAUGCGCACCACUAGCUGCUAGUGCCCAAGAAGCCGCCAUGUCCGGAGAAGAAACUGUCGGAGAAGAUGCGGGAGCCCCUCAAACCAGCACCGUUGCUCCUCCCGCAGAGCAGCAGCAGAACGAAGGAGCAGUGGUGGAGGCAACAGCGACUGGCUGGGAGGGAAAGGCUGCUGAAGGGACAUCAGAGGAGGCUCCCGCCGUUUCUACCAGUACCACUGCUUCUGGUCGCCCGUAUAGAGCACUGGUGCUCACGGGCUUUGGUGGUUACGAGAAGGUGAAGGUGCAGAUUCGGCAGCUGCCUCAAGCGGAACCCAGUCCGGGCGCUGGCCAAGUUUGCGUGCAGGUCCGGGCCUGCGGGCUCAAUUUUGCUGACCUGCUGGCUCGCCAAGGGCUCUACGAGAGGCUUCCUUCGCCGCCCGUUAGCCCUGGCAUGGAGGCGGCGGGAAUCGUCCUGGCCGUGGGCGAGGGCGUCUCCAGCCCAAAGGUUGGUGAUAAGGUGAUGAUUAUGGCCCGGUCAGGUCUCUGGCAAGAAAUUGUGACAGUCCAAGCCAAUCAGAGUUUUCCCAUGCCGGAAGGCAUGAGCUUUGAGGAAGCAGCUGCCUUUCUGGUCAAUUACAUCACUGCCUACAUGGUUCUCUUUGAUUUUGGCAAUCUGCGCCCUGGCCAGAGUGUCCUUGUCCACAUGGCAGCAGGUGGUGUGGGAACUGCAGCCGUCCAACUCUGCAAAACCAUGGAAAACAUCACCAUUUUUGGCACAGCAUCUGCUUCCAAGCAUGAGGCCCUCAAAGAGAAUGGGGUGACUCACCCUAUUGAUUACCGGGCAGCUGAUUAUGUGGCUGAAGUCCGGAAAAUUUGUCCCAAAGGUGUAGAUGUUGUUUUGGACCCCUUAGGAGGUUCAGAUACCACAAAAGGGUUUCACCUCCUGAAACCAAUGGGCAAGCUGGUCAGUUAUGGUGUAGCCAACUUGCUAACAGGGCAGAGGAAGAACCUAAUGGCUAUGGCAAAGACCUGGUGGAAUCAGUUUAGCAUCAAUGCCUUGCAGCUGAUUCAUCUCAACAAAGCAGUUUGUGGCUACCACCUGGGCUACCUUGAGGAGGAAGUGGAGGUAUUAGCUGCUGUGGUGACCAAGCUAACUGCUCUCUACAAUCAGGGCAAAAUCAAACCAAAGGUGGAUUCUGUUUGGCCCUUUGAACAGGUGGUUGAUGCCAUGAAGCAGAUGCAAGAGAAGAAGAAUGUUGGGAAAGUUGUCUUGGUCCCUGAAGCUCCACCGAAGGAUGAAAACAAGAAAACAGAGAAUUAAAGCAAGGGCCAUGGGUGAACUAUUUGACCUCAGGUUGAUUUUGGGGGACUUUUUUUUAACUGCCUCCCCUCCCCCACACCUGACCCUUGAGGGAAGUAGGAAUGGACAGGUCUCUCACUGCUGUUAAUGGAAUAAGUGAUUGAAGAAAAAAAAAUCUUGUGGUUAGUUGACCCUUUAAAGUUGAGGCAAGCUUCUAGGUUUCAUAAAAUCUUUACAGAGUGGAACUUAAAAGAUUGCCAUAUCCCAAUGAAAUUGGUUCGUUAAGUUUAAAAAAGAAAUCCAGCACUUCUUUUGCAAUCUUGAUAUUUUGCUCUUAAUGGGACCACAUAGAGAAUUAUCUGAAGUAAAAAGCAUACAAGGCCAAACCUAUCAAUUGGCAAUGUCUUUGAUUUCUUGAUCUUAAAUUUUUGAGCACACUGUUCAAAAAUGCCUAGCAAUUGUUUGUCUCUAUGACAUCUUCUCUCCUUAGCCAUCUUAACUCACCUUUAAAUACUUAAUGAUUAGUAAGUUUAGAGAGUGUAAAACACCCAGUUUUAGAAGCUAUUGGCAGUUGACAGUUUCCAUAGAAACAAAUAUUUGAAUCUGCUACUUUGGAAGGGCACAUUUAACAAACAAAAAACACUAAAUAUCUUUGCAGCUGGAGGGAGAUGUGAGGAAGGGAAUUUUGUCUCUGGGGUAUUCAUUUACCUUGGUGCAACAAAGCUACCACUGCUUCCUGCUAUAUGAAAAUCCUCUGUGCUAUAUAGGUAAAGCUCAUAUAUCAUAUUUUUUUUGUCAAAAUCUACUACAGAGAAUGCAAGUAUGGAAAAUCAAGGAAUUC